AUGCAGGAGCUGAGCGCUCUGGCGCGCACCUGUCUUGACAAGUACAAGAAGCGCUGCUCGCUGCAGGCGGCACUGCAGCGGCUCGUGCGGCUGGAGCGCGAGCAGUGCGCCCCGACGGCCGAGGAGGGGCAGCUUGCCGCAGCGCGCGCCGAGCUUGCGCGCCACGCCGCGAACGCCGACGUCGCCGCGGCCUCUGCGGCGCAGCAGCAGCGCACGUGCGUCAUCUGCUUCUGUGACUACAGCCUCAACGAGGGCAUCGAGUGCUCGGCGCCUGCCCGAGCCAAGGCGCAUUUCAUGUGCAAUGGCUGCCUGGGCACGUACGUCACGGGGCAGGUGACCGACCACGAGGAUGCCAACCUCCGCCGCUUCGAGCAGCGUGGCGGCGUGCGCUGCCCCAGCUUCAUCGCGCCGCGCGCCGGCCAGCCGAUUGUCCCCGGCACGUGCUGCGCGCCUGCGUACACCGACGCUGCAUUGGCGAGCCGCUUGCCGGACGUGACGUUUGCUCUGUACUUCAACGCGAAGAGCAAGGUAGCUGAGCAGCAAAUCGAACUUGCGGCGAAGCAAAGGAGCGCCGCUGAGGUCGCUCGGCUGCAGGCGGAGCUCGCGAGACGCGACGAGGACGUGCGGGCUGCGCAGGUGCGCACGCACAUCAUCGAGAAAAUCCUCAACCCAGCGUGCCCGCGCUGCGGGCAGGCCUUCAUCGACUUCGAGGGCUGCUUUGCGCUCUCUUGCAGUCGAGUAGGGUGCACCAUGCCGCCCCAUGGCUUCUGCGCCUAUUGCUUGCACGACGCCAACGGCGACGCGCACCACCACGUUGCGCAUUGCCGGUACAACAUCGCGCCGCCCGGCAACGGCGUGUUCGCGUCGAUCGAGGUCUACCGCGAGGCGGAGCGGCGCCGGUGCCAGCGCAUGUUGCGGGAGUACCUCGGCAAGCUCGACGAGCGAACGCGCGCGCGCGCGCUGCGCGAUUGCGCCCAGGAGUUUCGCGACUUGCGGGUCCAGCUCUGA